AUGUUGGUGACCAAACAUGGCGCCGAGCUUUGUGCUCACCUCGUUAACGACAUUUGCGGCGAGCUUCCUGCUCGAAUCUUAGGUGUCCUUUUUAGCAGGGGCAGGUCUACCAUCGCACAGCUCGUCCAAACUACGGCCCUUACUCCGCGACAGUUGCGUCAUGGCCUCGCCGUUCUUGUACAGCAGAACCUUGUAUAUCACCAGGCCGAUUCCAAAAACACGAUCGCCACAUACGAGGCCAACCCAGAUGGAUGUUACAAUCUCAUUCGAGCUGGAAAGAUUGUUGAAAUGGUUGGUACCGAAUACGGCAGCCCUGAGCAGGAGGUUGUGCAGACCAUAAUGCAACUCGGCCAUGCCAGGGUGUCGGACCUGCUGCAGGCAUUUGAGAGCAGAGAUGGGCUAGGCAUCAAUGGCGACCAUGCGACCAAUGGCCAUGUCAAUGGCAAUGGCUUCAAGCCGAAGACCAACGGAAAUACCAUGGCGCACUCGUCUCAUCAGUUGCACGCCAUUCUUAGCCGAUUGAUUGCGGCUGAAAUUGUCGACCAGGUUGGCCCCAAAACAUUCAGGAACCCUGAGGAUGUCUACCGUGAAAUCGAGGAGGAGGUUACCAAAACGGCUCCUGGCGAGCGAACAACAGCGCGCAACAAAGAACUCAUGCAACAAGAGGUGGCAAAAAGACUGCGAGAGGCUCGCGACGAGAGCAAGAAGUUGAAGCGUCAAGUUGGACGGGGCAGCAUGCUUCCGACCAAACGGAGGAAGCUUGUAAACGGCAGCGGAAAACGACAGUACUCAGACUGGGAUGGUGAUGUGCCAGAGCUCGAUUCGCAUAUCGUUCUCAGAGUGAAUGUCGAAAAAUGUCUCGUCGAACUCCGUAAUCAACGGCUCGCCCAGUACGCGGCUGAUGCUUUCGGGGAGGUCACCGGCCAGGUAUACCACACAGCCUUGCGGUUGCUAACGCAACAAGUACCUCGCUGUCAGCUCGAUCCAAGAAUCGACUCCGAUGCAAAUGACGGUGACGGCCCGGGCCCGAAUGUACGCCAGCCAACUGUCACUAGCAUGGAAAUCCUUGAAGCCCUUGAUGAGUCUGUUGAUGUCUCUCAUGGAGUUGGCAAGGCUUCAGCAGAUCAGAUUGACCAUAAAAGCGCCGAGAAGAUCAGAGCUACACCCAGCCAACCCAUGUACGAUUCUGAUGAUUCUUUCGACGAAAGCCCGUCAGUGCCAAGGGCAACUGCUCGCUCCCUGACAAAUGGUUCAAGAGGCGGAGAGUCUGGCGAUAGCGAAGAUGACGAGCCACGAGCGGUUUCUGGGUCUCGGGAAGCAAAGGUCAAAUUUGAGGACGGGCCUGCACCAGGUACUAGUCGUAUGGACCAAGUACGACAACAUCUUCUCCUACUAUCAGAAAGCAGGCAGGGGUUUCUGCGGCAUUGCGGUGGCCAGGGUCGAGGCCAAUGGACCGUCGACUUCAAGCCAUUGAUCGAAGGCUUCAAACAGACGGAGGUGGAUGCCGUAAUCGAGCAAUCAUUCGGUCGGCACGGACUUCGUCUGACUAGAAUUUUACGAGAAAAAGGCAAGUUGGACGAGAAGAUGUUGCCUUCUCUUGCUCUUAUGAAGAAGGGAGAGGUGCAAGGCAAGAUGCUUGCGAUGCAGAUGGCCGGUUUCGUUGACGUCCAGGAGGUCCCGAGAGAUGCUAGCCGCACAGCAACACGAACCAUGUUCUUCUGGUUCUUUGACAUUGAGAGGAUUGAAGCUCAACUUGUCGACGAUUUCUACAAAACCAUGCUUCGAUGCCUGCAAAAUUUGGAGGUCCACCGGUAUCGGGAACGUAACAUCCUGUCUUUCGUGGAGAGAAAUGAUGUGAAGGGUAAGGAGGAAGAAGUCAUGACUGCGGAGCACUACAACAAAUACAGCAGAUACUUGGAUUUGCAGAGUAAACUUCUCGGUCACGUCAUGAGACUUGACGAUCUGGUAGCCGUCUUCAGGGACUAUUAG